CGUCUGUUACAUUUCCUGGUGAUGUCAUCCCUCUAUUGCGCAUGUGCGAAGUGUGCUGUCUGGUCCGGUGUAUCUGCGUUGCGGGUCUAUAUGUGAAGCUCUGAUUUGAAGUAGUUAUUGCUGUAAAAAAUGGCGGAAGUGGAAGAAACAUUGAAGCGCAUUCAAAGCCAGAAGGGUGUCCAAGGAAUCAUAGUGGUCAAUGCAGAAGGUAUCCCUAUCAAGACGACGCUGGACAAUUCCACCACUGUCCAGUACGCAGCUCUGAUCCACCAGCUGGUGCUGAAAGCCCGGAGCACAGUCAGAGACAUGGACCCCCAGAACGACCUGACGUUCCUGCGUCUGCGCUCCAAGAAGAACGAGAUCAUGGUGGCACCAGAUAAAGAAUAUUUCCUGAUUGUCAUCCAGAAUCCCACAGACUAAGAAGAUUUGUUGUCAUUUGACGGCCAUAUCCAUUUUUAAACAGCGUGCCAGUAAACGAUUGCCGCAUGCCCUCCUUGCUUGUGUUGAAGAUGCAUUCCUAUCUCAGCAAGCGAUUGCACAGCUGCUCACAUCUCUUAUACAGCAACGAAAGCAGAACAGUCAAAUAUGUCACUACAGAUAGCAUUAGGAACGUGUAAAAUUGCACAGAAAUCUUAACCUAUACAUAUUUAGCUUAUUCUUUUUUUUUUUUUUUUUACUGUGUUUAUUGCGUUUAGCAACUUUGCAUUCAAUGUGGGUCUAAAUAAAUGUGGAUAUAGGAAGCAAAUUACUCAAAAACAGAUCAAAAUGCAAACCUCUGUUUCCUCUUCUAAUUUGACUCUUCCCUCCCUAAAGACCACUCAAACCUGUUGAACAAUCAUGCAGUAUAGGAAAACUACCACGUCUCCAAGCAGCAGACCAGUUAACUCGUGUCAUCAUGUCCACACAUGUACAUUCCUUAGCGCUGAAAGAGUCCACGGAGAAAACAAGCCAUUUGUGAAGCAGCUCUUCAGAAAACCAUUUGUCAAGUCAUUUUUUGUUUUACUCACUUGUAAACAUUUCCAUACAGCAGCCCACGUGUUGCUGGUGCACACUUGUGUACAAUUAAAACCAUUUGAGAGAUAAUGUGAAGAACACCCUGGGGAGGGUUAAUUUCGGAAUGACAUUUCAUUUGAGUCUUCUUAAUACACAAACUUUGCAAACAACAUUGGGUGUUAAGCUUUUUAUUUAUUUUUUAAAUGCUAUGCUGUUUUGCCACAUUAAAAAAAACUAGGUGUGUAUAUUUGAAUUGUUUGUUUUGUUUUUGUAUUUUAUUUUUUUGUACAUAAUGAUGCUACUACUAAUAAUAAAUAUAUGAACUUCACACCAA